CUCCGCCUUGAACUUGAAGUUGAAGUUGCAUGAACAUUAUGAUUCAGGUUCUCUGCAUUGGUCUCAUUUUGGAGUGCCCAGCUUUCUUGGAAGGAGGCGGCCAUGCGGAUCAGUCCACAAUUCAUAUGCAGCAAGGGACACGGAUCAAGCGUCUUCAUUUGCCUCUUGCAAGAGUUGGAGGCCACAUCGAAAAAUAUCUGAUCGGAGAGGAUCAACAGGGUUUCCAUCAGUCGCAACAGGCAAAGGUGUCGGAUCAUGCUUCACCGCAUUUGGUCCCGGUGACGAAGUCUUCUCCCUAAAAGGGUCCUGGCGAUGGGGUCCGCUUCGUUGGCGGCAGGCGCUUGGGCGAAACCCUUGUCGCCAGAGAAGGCCAUGCGCGCCGACCGCUGCGACUCCUCACCCUCCUGCAGUUACUCCGCACUUCCCUUCCCCCAAGGACAACGGAACCUCAAACCCUUAAAGCUUCCGCAGCGGAAAUUGUUCUCUCCCCCCCCCCUGGACAGGGCCCCCAGAGUUCCCCCCACAAAGGUCCAUCUCUCGGACCCCCUCUGGUCGCAGCCGGGGGGCGGGCACGACUCAGAUGACGAGUCGGAGCCCUCCCCCCGGGGGUGGAGGUCGAUCGAUGAUGGGAUGGGGCUUAACCCCCUGGCGGCGCAGCAAGUGCAGUGGUUCCGUUCGACGUGGCCGUACAUUCAGGGGCAUCGGGGGAGCACGUUCGUGAUUGUCUUGCCGGGGGAGGUGUCGCGCGACAAGCAGGUGUUGGAUGGAUUUCUGCAGGACGUUGCGCUGUUGCACGGAUUGGGGGUCAAGAUCCUGCUCGUGUGUGGGUCGCAGUCGCAGAUCGACGAUCUGCUGCACCAGAAAGGCCUCCAGCCGCGCUUUGUGGGCGCAUACCGUGUGACCGACACCGAGGCGCUCGAGGCGGCCAUGGAAGCAUCGGGCCGCAUCCGGCUUAAGAUCGAGGCCAAGCUCUCGCGUGGGCCGUCGAUCCCGUCCAUCCGACGGCACGGAGAGAACGAGCGGUGGCACGAGAUGGGCGUCUCGGUCGCGAGCGGAAACUUUGUCGCGGCAAAACGGCGGGGGAUCAUUGGCGGCGUUGAUUACGGCAACACGGGGGAGGUGAAACGGGUGGAUGUCGCGAGGAUCAAGGAGCGACUGAACUCGGGGUGCGUCGUGGUUUUGAGCAACCUGGGGUAUACGGCGGCGGGCGAGGUGCUCAAUUGCAACGCGUACGAGGUAGCGACUGCCGCGGCAACGGCUUUGGGGGCCGACAAAAUGCUGUGCAUGCUGGACGGUUCCGUUUUCGACGACAACGGGCGCCUCCUCCGGUGGAUGACGUUGCAAGAGGCCGAUUCGCUCGUUCGGGAACGCGCGGAAACGUCCGGCGCAGCCGCAAACUACGUCGACCUCAUGAAAGGCCCCCCGUGCAUUACGCUGUUGAGCGGACCGGGCUAUGGGAAGACGCUUGAUCUGGAUGAGAAAGUUUACACCAACGGGCGGCGUGUGAAUGGGGCCAGUGAGAACGGGCGCGGUGUGAAUGGGGGCAGUGUGAACGGCGCCAGUGUGAAUGGGGCCAGUGUGAAUGGGGCCAGUAUGAAUGGAGCAGGUGCGAAUGGGGCUGGCGCAAACGGGGCGGAGGAGCUGUGCGACUUGAGUGAGGAGUGCGCGACGGGACACGCUCUGAUAAACGGGAUGAACGGAAUGAACGGAAUGACCGGAAUCGAGGCUGGGGGCUUCUCCCAGGCGGGCCAGAUCCUCACGGACGCAAACGGGAACGUGUACAAAACGACCCCCUGGAAACGGGGGUUCCCGGUCAAAGGCGGCGACCGCCUCGAGGGGGGGGACGGUUACCUGGCCGAGUUGGCAGCAGCCGUGUAUGCGUGCAAGGGGGGGGUCCGGCGCGUGCACCUGGUCGACGCCACGGUGGGGGGGUCGCUUUUGCUGGAGCUAUACACCCGGGACGGGAUUGGGACGAUGAUCUCCAGCGACUUGUACGAGGGCACCCGGGGCGCGACGAGCCGGGACCUGGUUUGGAUCCAGGGUUUGCUCAAACCGCUGGAAGACGACGGGAUUCUGGUGAAGCGGUCGGAGGAGCAGAUGACGGAAGACCUGCCGUAUUUCACGGUGGUCGAGCGCGACGGGGCCGUGAUUGCGUGUGCGGCGCUGUUUCCGUUGCCGGGGGGGCGGUGCGCGGAGGUGGCGGCGUUUGCGGUCGCGCCGGAGUGCCGGGGGCACGGCCGGGGGGACAAUCUGCUGGAUUACUUGGAAAAGAAGGCGAUGGCACUCGGCCUCGAGCGCCUAGUUCUGCUCACCACGCGCACCGCCGACUGGUUCAUGCAGCGCGGCUUUGUGGAGGGGUCCUUGGGGGACCUUCCCCCCGAGCGGCGCGCGCGCGUCAACACGUCCCGGGGCUCCAAGGUGUUUGUCAAGGAGCUCAACGAUGUCGGGUCGCCCCGCUCUAGUUACGGCACCGAUGCGCGGUUCAGCGCCCGGGUUUAGGCCGGCUGUGCUUGGUAGCUCGUUGGUGCGCGGGGAGUGAACUUGAUUUGCAGUAACCCCGGGAGUUUUAGAGUGCCCGGGGCGUAAAUAUGGGGUAAUGGUAAGAGUUGGUGGGUAGAUUGUGGGGUUAAGAUCGCCCCGCUCUGAUUAUGAUUUGUUGGGUCGAUGCUUCCACAUAAACUGGCGUGCCCUGAGCGUUUGGGUUGGGGAUCGCCGUAUGGGGGCCUCUGAUUGUGUUUCUGAUCGUAAUAAUCAAUGAACAUUUUGGUCCUAAGUGCUCCUUUUGGGGGGAAAGAAAGGGCACUUGCAUGGCAAUCUAGCUGUGUAGGACGGAGCUUGAUAACGGAGGGUACGGACGGUGGGAGUUACUCCACAUGCGGUGGCUGCAGACGGGUUCGAAUUGGACGUGAUAAAGGAUAGGCGUUACUUACAUAUUGAUUGCUGUGGUCGAAUUUCCGUUACUUGUACAGACAAGCAAGACAGACUAAGCCAAAGCUGUGAUCGUGUCAAUCAGUUUAGUAAAUAUUAUCAUCAGGUUAGAACCUAGUUCUACUGGCUCCCCCUUCAUUGAAUGCAUCUAUUGAUGUUUAAAUCUUCUGCCAGGAG